AUGGCCAAAGCCUAUGAUAGGGUUGAGUGGAAUUUCUUAGAUGCUAUGAUGAGAAGUAUUGGUUUUAGCUCUUCUUUUGUGGACCUGAUCAUGCGUUGUGUGACUUCUGUUUCCUUCAGUAUUCUUGUUAAUGGUUCACCUGGAGAGACUUUCAUUCCUAGCCGCGGUCUGAGGCAAGGAGACCCUCUUUCACCGUUUCUUUUCUUGUUUUGUGCUGAAGCUCUUUCAGGUCUUCUCAGGAAAGCAGAAACGCAGAACCUUAUUCAUGGUGCUCGCCUAUGUCGAUCUGCGCCCAGUGUGAGUCAUCUGCUUUUCGCUGAUGAUUGUGUUAUCUUUGGACGUGCCUGUGCAAAAGAGAUUCGAACUGUUUUAGAUAUUCUUGGCCACUAUGAGGGAGUUUCGGGUCAAAAGGUGAAUUUAGACAAAUCUGCUAUUACUUUCAGUGGAGGUAUUACAGAAGACAUCAAGGUUGAGUUGGCUAACCAGUUGGGGGUGAGAUGUGAGACAAUACAUGGAAGCUAUCUUGGUAUCCCAAGUACUGUGGGUCGUUCCAAGACUGAGAUCUUUCAGAUGCUUGUUGAUCGCACGAGGAAAAAAACUAAAGAUUGGAAGCGUCGGUUUCUGUCGGGGGCUGGAAAAACAACACUCAUCAAAUCUGUGCUACAAUCGAUCCCUUCGUACCUGAUGAGCUGUUUCGCAUUGCCGGAUCAGAUCUGCCAUCGACUUAAUAGUGUGGCAGCAAGGUUUUUCUGGGGUCAAAAGAGUGAGAAACGUCGUAUUCAUUGGAAAAGUUGGAGGAAGCUUUGUGGUCCCAAAAAUAAAGGAGGGCUUGGUUUUAGGGACCUCCAUCUUUUCAACAAGGCUAUGCUAGCUAAGCAAGUGUGGAGGAUUUUGCUCAAUGACUCUUCGAUGCUUGCGCGCUCUCUUAAAGCGAGGUAUUUCCCAAGGUCGGAUAUCCUCCUAGCCAAUAAUGCUCAUAAUCCAUCUUACGCUUGGAGAAGCUUAUUGGUAGGUCGUGAUCUGUUGAUCAAGGGAUUGGCUUGGCGUAUUGGAGAUGGCGCUCGAAUCCGUAUUGGUAUUGAUGCUUGGAUUCCGAUUGGGGAUGGUAAUUUCCGGGCUGCUACUGUUCCUUUGGAGUGGAAUAAUACAAGAGUGUUUGAGCUCCUCCUUGAUACGGGUCAUUGGGAUCCUGCGAAGCUCUCUCUGUUUCUCAGUAAUGAGGAGUUAUGGAAAUUCUCGAACCAUCUACAACCAAAUCUCACUGCUGCUGAUCGACCUUUUUGGCCUUCUGGGAAAUGUAACUCCUAUUCUGUUAAGUCUGGAUACGCCCUUGCUUAUAAUCUCAGAGAAGCAAAUGAACCGUCGUCGUCCGGAGGGAAUGACCGUCUGUAUAAUUGGAUUUGGAAUCUAGAGGUGAUCCCUAAAGUCCGCCUCUUUCUGUGGAAAUGUCUGGUUGAAGCGCUGCCCACUUCUAGAGCUCUGCUCUCAAGGUCCAUUUCUGUUGAUCCUUCAUGUCCUCGAUGUGGCGAAGACAUUGAGACUGUGGAACACGCUCUUAGAGAUUGUAGCUGGACUCGUUUCUUUUGGUCGGCUUCUCCUCUUCGCCUUCCUCCAACGCCAAACGAAGAGAUUUGUACUAUCCCAGAUUGGUUUGAGAAGAUUAGAGAGUCAAAUGAGAAGGAUGUCCAUAAAGUUUUUGCUAAUUUGAUUUGGACGUUGUGGUACGCUAGGAAUUUACUUGUGUUUCAGGGAAAGAUCUUAAGCCAUCAAGAGUGUUUUGACAUGGCCAAACGCACCUUCUGGACCAAGAUUACGUGUAUGCCGGACUCUAAACAGCCAAAUCCUCAUAAGGUCUGUCGGAGUAGGGACAGCCAACUGGUGGUGGCCUGCGACGCUGCUGUCUUGAAUGGAGUAGGGGUGGGGUAUGGAGCUGUGGUUACUAGUGCUUCCGAUUCGGUUGAGUGCUGUGGUUUUGGCUUCCUACCUGGGGCGUUUUCUGUGAUUGAAGGCGAAGCUGCUGCUAUGCUUGAAGGAAUGCGGGUGGCUGUGGAUUACGGAUGGGAUGAUUUGAUUAUGGAAACGGACUGUCAAGAUCUUUUUUGGAUGCUUACAAAUAGGAAUGAAGACAGAUCUUACCUUGGGGAUGUUCUUACCAGCAUCUGGGAGAUGGCUAACAAUCUGAGAUCAGUUGAAUUCAGUUGGACACCAAGAGAAGGAAAUGCAAAAGCAGAUCGUCUGGCCAAAUUUGCUUUACUGUCUAGGGCUGAGCCCUCUUCUUCGUUUUCUUUUCCUAAUGUAACCGUUAACAGCUCUUUGGUUUAA